AUGUUCUCAAGCUCCUUUCCGGACCGUCUGAAAAAUGAGGACGAUGCCCAGAUGGACUAUACCGCUCCUCCCAGUAGCAACAAUUCUCGGGACGGCAUGCAGUACAUGCAGCAAUCGGUACUGUCCCUGAUAGCCGCCGUUGGCAGCCGAACCGAUCCCCGUGCGCGCUUCGAUGACUCUAGUGACAGCGAGGAAGAGGAGACAAGAACAAAGAUCAAGAGACCAUCUGCGCAGACAUCGGACCCGGCAAAUACUGCGCCGCCAGAAGCGGAUGGCACUCUGCAUGUCCCGUCAGCUCCUGAAACCAGAAGUAGCUCAAAAGAGAGAGGCCGUCGCCAUCGGCGAUCAAUAUCGGACCCUAAGUUAUUUCGGCCAUUCAAGUCGGGAUCAAUAAAUCAAGACCAGAGUUACGAUUCAAGCCCGUGCCCUGAACCGUCGACGGGUGACAGGCUAUCACCUUUCCCGGAUCUUCCGCGGCCGCGCAGCGCAACUCCUCGAGCUGUUCCCAUAUUGAGCCGCAUGGUUGAGGCUCGGGCCCUUCUGGAAGUUCAGAACCCAGCGGAAAGACCGCAAGCUUCACUGAAGGAGAAUAAUGACAGCACCUCCCAACAACAAUCCCAGGUGUCCCCGCUCUCUGUUCAAUUGAUGGAAAUGUUUGGUUUUACUGCGCCCGAAAAGGUGGUUGUUGAGUAUGCAUGCUCCCUGUUGCAGAACAUGCUUUUGCAGGGUUACAUGUACGUGACCGAAGGGCACAUCUGCUUUUACGCCUAUCUUCCUAGACAAUCCACGAAGGUCAUCAAAUCCGGCUAUAUCCAUAAGCGUGGUCGAAAAAGCCCAAAAUACAACCGGUAUUGGUUCUCAUUGAAAGAAGAUGUUCUCUCAUACUACGCCGAUCCAUCGAAUCUUUAUUUCCCCAGCGGCCAAAUCGAUCUUCGGUAUGGCAUCUCUGCGUCUCUUGCCGAAUCCAAGGAGAAGGGACGCGAGUCGAGGGACUUCCAGGUUACAACCGACCAUCGAACGUACUACUUUAGGGCUGACAGCUCGGUCAAUGCGAAGGAAUGGGUCAGAGCUUUACAGAAGGUCAUUUUCCGGACGCACAACGAGGGCGAAAGCAUCAAAGUAUCGUUUCCGGUUGAGAACAUUCUGGACGUAGAAGAGAGCCCGAUGGUUGAGUUCGCUCAAACGUUCAAGAUCCGCGUCGUUGAGAGCGAGGAAACUUAUGCGAUUGAUGAGCAUUAUUUCACAUUCUUUGAUUCCGACUCGGGCCGCAGAGCGUUUGAUCUUCUGAGAGGUCUCAUCCGCGGCACCCCUACGAAGAGUACUCCAAGCCCAUCGCCCAUACCGGAUGGCGCAGCUCAGUCCAGAAGGCCUCGUGGCUCUCAGAACAGGUGGUCCAUGACCAGUGGAAGCAAGCCUCAAGGGUCUUCUACACGGCGUCGACGAAGUGCGAGCACUAGUAUUUUGGGCUCUGACACCGGAAUCGAAAUGUCACCGCGGAGACAAGAAGAUUCGUCCAGCUCCUUCUUCAACUCCAUAGACCAGGUUACUGAGUCGUCGGCGGUGCUGCAAUCAAUGACGGACACAACGGAGUCCGCAAGUCAAAUACUUAAUCGGAGCGACGUCUUUCAAUCACCUACAAUACACAAUUGGCAACAGCGGACUUCCGGUGCGGCUGAGCCUAACCGCCGCCACUCGGAUGAAAUGGUUAGGUCAAUCACAGAACAUGCCCUUGAUGGGCUAUCUAUUGCACGAGAAGGGCCUGAAAUGCAGUAUGCUGGUAGCGACUCUGAGCAAGACUCCAAAGAUGCCUCCAGACUGUAUUCGGCGGUUGACUUAAACGACCUUGUGAGAGCUGGGACGUAUCCUCUUAAACGCGCAGCCGGUAUCGCAGGAUACUUGAAGACUCGAUCUAAGGAAAUGAGUAGUCUCCUGGCGACCGAGUCAAUGGGUUAUAUCGAAAAGGUGUCAGGGAUGUGGGCUGGCGGUAGAAGGCACUAUGGCACUACAGACGGUCUUCUUCCCGACGAUCGCGCAUUGUAUCCUGAAACCGCCGAGGAAAGCAUGAGAGACGCGGAGCGCUUCCGCACUCAUUUUGCUUUACCGCCAACAGAGAAGCUCGAGGCAGCCUACUUCGCAUAUCUGCACCGUGCACUUCCGCUCUACGGCAAGAUCUAUAUCAGCCAAAACAGGCUUUGCUUUCGUAGCUUGCUUAUCGGCACCCGGACGAAGAUGAUACUCCCACUGCGUGAUAUUGAAAAUGUGGAGAAAGAAAAGGGAUUCCAGUUCGGGUAUCAUGGACUUGUUGUUGUUAUCCGUGGCCAUGAGGAGCUAUUCUUUGAAUUCAAUGCGGCGGACGCUCGUGACGACUGUGCCGUUACCCUACAUCAGAGACUGGAAUCAGCCAAGUUCCUAGCUGAAUCGGCGUCAUUAUCACAACAGGAGAAUGAUGUUGCCGAGGCCGCGAAAAUGGAACAUCGCAUGUUACAGGAAGCCCGUCAGAAUGCUUCAGCCGAACAUGACCUCCGCCCCGGACUCGGCGAGUCGUCAGAGCUUCAUUCUAUAUUCGAUGACCCGCGUGCUUCCAUUGUCAACUUUAAGCCCACCGAACCGUUGAGGAUUACGUGUCUCACCAUCGGUUCACGAGGUGAUGUACAACCAUAUAUCGCCUUAUGCAAAGGCCUUCUUGCAGAGGGCCAUAAGCCGAAGAUCGCGACCCAUGCAGAGUUUGAACCUUGGGUCCGAAAGCAUGGGAUCGAUUUCGCCCCCGUCGAUGGUGAUCCAGCUGAACUGAUGCGCCUUUGCGUAGAGAAUGGAAUGUUCACUUACUCUUUCCUCAAAGAGGCCACCGCAAAGUUUCGAGGUUGGAUAGAUGACCUGCUGUCGUCUGCCUGGAGAGCCUGCCAGGGUAGCGACCUUCUUAUUGAAUCGCCAAGUGCGAUGGCCGGCAUCCAUGUUGCGGAGGCACUCAGGAUUCCCUACUUCCGUGGCUUCACGAUGCCUUGGUCGAGAACACGAGCAUACCCUCAUGCGUUCGCGGUACCUGAAUCGAGACUGGGCGGCGCAUAUAACUACAUUACCUAUGUGAUGUUCGAGAACGUCUUCUGGCGGGCUAUCUCUGGGCAGGUGAACCGCUGGAGAAUGAACGAGCUAGGGCUCAAGGCUACCAACCUUGACAAAAUGCAGCCCAACAAGGUCCCAUUCCUAUACAACUUCUCACCCUCGGUCGUGCCCCCACCGUUGGACUUUCCUGAUUGGGUUCGUAUCACGGGGUAUUGGUUCCUUAGUGAAAGCACUGACUGGACACCUCCGAAAGAGCUAGCCGAAUUCAUUCAGCGGGCGAGACAAGACGGGAAGAAGAUCGUAUAUAUAGGUUUCGGAUCGAUUGUUGUUUCAGACCCGUCAGCUUUGACACGAACCGUCGUUGAGUCAGUGCAGAAAGCCGACGUGCGCUGCAUCCUUUCCAAGGGAUGGUCAGCCCGUCUUGGAGAUCCAACCAGCACGCAGGUAGAGAUUCCGCUGCCACCGGAGAUCCACCAAAUCCAGUCUGCUCCUCACGACUGGCUCUUCUCGCAGAUUGAUGCCGCUGCUCAUCACGGUGGCGCGGGAACCACAGGAGCCAGCCUUCGUGCAGGCGUGCCCACCAUCAUCAAACCGUUCUUUGGUGACCAAUUCUUUUUUGGUAACCGAGUCGAGGAUUUGGGGGUUGGCGUAUGCAUGAAGAAGCUAAAUGUCAGCGUGUUCUCGCGUGCACUCUGGACGGCUACUCAUGAUGAGCGUAUGAUUGUACGGGCAAAGCAGCUUGGGGAGCGGAUACGGAGUGAGGAUGGUGUGGCAACAGCUAUUCAAGCCAUCUAUCGAGACCUCGAAUACGCCACAACCCUAACCCGGCAGCGCUUAAGUAUAUCAGCCACUCCGUUCUCCCCGACCCCUUCGGCGAAGACAUCCGACGAUCAGAAUCCGGAUGACGACAUUGCUGAUAUCGAGGAUUGGACAUUUGUCGGUGACGAGUCCGAUCUGGAGUAUUCGAGGCGCGCACGAGACAGAGCGGUAUCAGGCGCGGACAAUCUGCCUGAACGAUUCGUUUUGGGCAGUAGGACGAAUUUUGCAGAUUCUUAA